AUGUCGUCUUCACCACCCUCGCAUUCGCCAAGCUCCAGUAGCAGCAAUGCACCAUUGCCAGGCUUUAAAGAACAAUGGUCUCAGCUCAACGAAUUACUUCCGCCAUCUUCUGAUGACAACCAAAUCAUCUCAACAUCAUCACCUCUUCUUCUCGAAGUCUCUGCAAUGUUGCAUGAUCGACUCAGCCAUUUCGAAUGUAACAAAUGGCCUCUGGAUCGCAUCUACGAGUUUCUCGAUUCUUUUUUCAAAUCCCACCCUAAUUUGCAUCAUCGCAGCCCCCAGUCAAAGCAGGUUGCCGAUCCUACCACGCCUGUCAAGCCCACUUCAGCGCUACCCCAACAAGCUCUCGAGAAUACCCCUCGCACCGUCAAGGCAACAAGUCUUCUAGCUCAGCUCAGACGCAUUGAAGAUUGGGAUUUUCUCAUCAGCUUUCACAAAAUGGCUUGCGAUAUGUAUAGUAGGCAUAAAUCUUGGAAUCCUGGCCAGCUCAGUUCAAUAGUCGACUGCCUCAUCAAACACCAGUCUAGGUUUUGCACAGUCAUACCAGAGCUCAAAGACAUAUUCAACAAUGUUACCCCUGUCGUUGACCAGCUUGCCACUGUCUACAACAACCUCACCUCGCGAUUCCCCACUUUCAAUAGCCCCGACCAGGCCCUUGCCAUGGUCAUCGUUCACCUCGCACAAUCGCAUGUCAAGCACUCCCAAGAUCCAGAGGUGAUCGGUACCAGCAUUCAUCUUGAAAACAGGUUUUAUCGACCCUACUGUGGUGACGCACCCAAUCGCUUCCUCACCUUUGUCUCUCACCUCAAUGCUGUCUAUGCCAAACUCGAUCCAAAUGAACCCAAGCCUUACUUUCGCGGCACCCCCAUCGUUCAGUCGAGUGGUACAGGCAAGACACACAUGGUGUAUGAAUGUCAGCAACGAACCCCCCUCCUCUACGUCUGCUUUCGCAACAGAAGCGCCGAGAGCAACGCCAAGGCUGGCUAUCCACUCCCAGACCAAGGCAUCCGAACCUACUUUGCCAAUGCACAGAGCAAAUAUUCCAGCAGACCUUGGAAGACCGACGCCGAAAAGUAUCAACAUCUUUGCGAUCUCAAUCGAUUCGAACCAGUCACCCGUGACGAUGGUCUGCCCAAGCCUCUUGACCGCUAUCCCUGCAACAACCACUUCAAGGCUAUAUCCGAGCUCGCAGAGAGCGAUCUCCCAAUUGUACUCAAGCUCGUAGAGGGGAAAGCUUCCAAAUCCUUCCUAACACCCAGUUACAAAACGAUCUUUGACGUGGCUCUCCGGCAGCCUCUUAUCGAUCUCAAUGAGCAGCUAAUUGCCGUGUCGCGUCAUCUGCACUUGGGUCAAGCCGAAGUGCCAGUGCCUCCAGUGCUGGUAGCCUUUGACGAAUGCAUCGAAAUGAUUGUCACCGAGCCCAACGCGCCCAACAAUCAGCUCAACAGCCUCCGCCGUGCUUGGAACUACAUUGGCACGCUCCAGGAUGAAUACAAGACUUUGUGUUUCUGGUUGGUACUCAUGAGCACCAGCAGCAGUGCCGCUUAUCUCGUCAAACACGUUGUCGAUCAGGCCUCGCUCCGUCGAAGGAACUUGGCGCCUUUGCAUACGUUUGUCGGCGUCGGUGUCGAUGUGCUCGCCGAGGAGCAACGUGCCCUCUCCUGUGCCUCGCAGGCAUCCUCGCGUGACCACCUCAUCCGAUACGGAUGGCCACUCUGGCCUGCACUCGAGAGUGGCAACUUCUGGGACAAUGUCCUUUUCAAGCUUCAAGGCAAAGAGGAUUUCUCCGCAGACAACACGGCACAGUGCUUCAGUGUCAUGGCCUCGCGGCUUGCCCUUGGCCUUGUUCCGGUGCAUGAAGGCGGUGGCGCCCUCUUUGGCGAGCAAAAGCUCUUCAUGGACAAGACCAUGGACCGGCACAUGCGUAUGGUGAGCCGCAUAUCCAAUGAUGCCACCAUGUAUGUCAAUUCUCCGUCGGAACCUGUGCUGGCAAUCGCUGCCUCGCUCAUCAUGUUGUGCACUCGCGCAAAAAAUGUUGGGUCGAAGCCAGUUGACAUGUACAGCUCCAUCAUGGGAAACUUCCAAGGCCGAUGCCUUGUGGACUCGGCAAUCGCCGGAUUCAAGGGGAUGUAUGGAGAGCUAGCCUCGCGCAUGGCCUUGGUUGUCGCCUGGGACGCAGCAAAGCGCAAAGAGCUGGACGCGCUCAAGCAAAAGAUAACACCGGAGCAUGUCAAGGUGCUGACCCGCGCGGUGCCUCUCGAAACCAUCCUUUCAGAGCUUGCUAACCUCGACAAGACCAAUGCUAACCAAUUGCGCCAACACGUUGAAAGAGUGCAGCAGGACGGCUCGUCCACCCGUCCGGCACUGCAACGACCGCCAGCUGGAACAUCGGCAGCAGCAGCAUCAACAGUGGCGUGGACCAACUUUACACAUUUUGAUGUGCUGCCCAAACAUAUCACCGAGAUCUCUCCCGAAUACCUGUGGUACUGUUGGAAGUGUGGAGUUGGACUGCAAAUGGCACACUCGCAGCAUGGCAUCGAUGGCAUCCUCCCCAUCUUUAUGGGCAACCUCGAUCGGCCCUUUGUUACUCCCACUGGCAUGCAGGAUGAUGCUGCCACCAGCAUCGAGAUGCACGCCGCACGCUACAUGACCUACGUUGCAUGGGAAGCCAAGAAUCGCGACGAACCGCAGCCAGGAGCCGGAUCAGGUAAGCCGGAUGUAAUGCUCAAGCUCGCUGGACCAUCGAUCAUGCACACCUCGCAUGCACCGCCAGGUGAAAAGCCACUCACCGAAAGGGCUCUGCUCUGCAUUCUGCUUGACCUGGGCACCUCAACACCAUUUGCCAGCAAACCUAAAGGAUUCCGCCUGCAUGUGCAGAUGAUCAAUGGCACUGAAUGCCCUCGACUCUGCAUCCAAGGUGUGACCAACAAGUACGCCUAUCCUUGCCUCGACGUUUUGAAGAUCUGA